AUGAAGCCUGAUGUUCCUCCGUCCUACGAAAGCGCCGUCAGUCGUGAGGCAUGGACCAUCAUCGCGCCCUGGAUCUCCUCCCGUGAUCUCUGUGCUGCCUGCCUAGUCUCUCAGAAAUGGUACUCGAUCUUCGUGCCAUUUCUCUGGGGCGACCCUGCUUCGCACUUUGGCAUCGAGAACGACGCCGUCUAUGUCGCCCUGACUCGGUUCAAGCGCACCCUGCGCAAAGCGAGAUUGACCGUGAGGAGCCUCACGCAUACCUUGCAUCUGCCUCCGGCUCUGAGUGAGAUCUACGGCGGUCCCAACCCGAGCUGGUUGCGCGACGUCCUCGAAUACCUCCCCAACCUCCAAAGUCUGAUCGUCACCAAGUUGCCUUUCUUCGACCAUCACAGUCUCAAUGCGCUGCGAACCACAAGCGCGGGAAGAAGAUUGUCGAGCGAAGAUGUGGAGACAUUGCCAGCGUUCGGGUUGAAGUUGCUGCUGGCGUCUAGCGAACCGAAUACUACAUCUUCGGCCCUGGCAGGCGCUUUACCAAGAUUUUCCGGUCUGGUCUACCUGGACUUGUCAUAUACCUCACCGGCUCGAGACGCCGCAGUUCUGGCGGCUCUUUCGUAUCUGCAGGACCUCCAGGUGCUCAAGUUACGCGGUGUCGGCCUCAGAGAUGGAGAGGCGGAGGUGCUGGCCAAUGCAAUCGGCAUACGCGUAAGGCUGUUGGAUUUGAGCGACAACCUUCUGACUGAUAUGGCUGUGCGAUCGUUGAUGCAAGCAUGCUUUUUGUCUUCAGACGUCGCACAACGAGGCACCCUCAACGUCGAGGACUGGCCUGUAGGCAUGGCUCCAGGCCCUGAUUUCUUCAGCCUGGACACACUCCGAAGUGAAGAACUCGAUCACGAGCUCCUCAAGCAGCUGACGAAGCCACUCACAGGCAGGCUAGCAUUCGAGGACAUUCCCCAUCGCGGUCUAACCCACCUCUACAUUUCUGGGAAUCGUCUAUCCGUUGAAGGUCUGUCAAGUCUACUCAAGUCGGAAAGGCUGCAUAUCCUGGAUGGCGGGUCGGUCGACACGGUCAAAACCAUUGCACGGACUCAGUCCCUUGCUUCGCCUACAGGCUACAUCGACGAAGUUCGAUUUCCAGGCGCAGAGAAAUUGAUCCCUGUGCUUGCUCGCUCAGCCAGCAAGAAUCUAACGUACCUUCGUGUCGACCAUGCGUUGAUCACAGCAAAGCUUGACGCACCACAUGAGGUCGUCAAGUCGAAAGGGGCUUCUGUCGAGCUUGCCGGGUCUGAACCCCUGGCAGCGGAGCUCCCCCCAGAGGGACGGCAACUGGCCGAAGCGCCGGCGCCUGCUCAUUAUGCCGUAGAGCUUCCGGCUAACGAGGAGGUCUUUGAGUUGGAUGCCACCCCUGCUCAGCCUAGGGUCGAACUGGUAGGUGAUCUGAUAUACUUUGCCCUCAGCCCCCCGGUUGGAGAGAAACCCGAAGUCACGAGUCCGGUCACCGAAACACAGAGUCCCAUUCGCGGAGAGGGAGCCUAUGCACCGGAGUUAGUAGUGAACGAGGAGUCCCAUGGCGGAGAACACGACGAUCGCGCAACCGUGGUUGAAUCCGAGAUCUCCGAUGAGACAGGCACUCACAGUACCACGAGAUCGACUCUGUCACCAGUAUCUCCAUUGUCGCCCCAUCCCAACAACAUGACAUUCCAGCCGCUGGUCGCUCCGCCUCCACCGAAGACUAAUCCGCCACCAACCUCUGUCCCGCAGAGGACGAACGGGACAGUCUCGGCUCCGAAGACGUCAACUGGGACAGCGUCGACCCCGAAAACGCCGGCGCCCGUACCCGCACCAUCCAGAAAUCUAUCGCCGUCGAUACCAGCGGUCGCUUUGCAGCACCGUCAGGCACGAAUAGACGCCCUGCUAGCCAAAAGGCCUCCUGGGCUGUCCUCCCGAGGUUCACAUUCGAAUCCAACUGUGCCAAAGAUCGCUGCUCAAAACCUAACACGUUUACAUCCCGCCGUGCUUCCCAACCUGCGGACCCUGGUCCUGACGAACGUGCCCACCACUGCUCCCAGAUCGUCGCCGGUUGUGUCUGCGCUCAAGUCUUUCAUUUCCGCUUGUGCUGACGAAGCGGCACUCGCUCGUCUCCUCGCCCGAACGGACUACUCCCUUCCACCUGGUCCGGCUCGACACGUGGCCGAGCUCGAACAGGCCCGAUCACUCUUUGCGCUUCGGACAAUCGUACUCGAGAUGGAACAGCCAGUCUCGCAGGACGCGGUUGUCCAGCGCGGAUGGCAGCACUCUCGCCAGCGCAUCAGCAUGAGCAAAUCAUCAACGGGGGACCGGGAUAGUGAGAAUCUAUGGUCGGCCGCGGAGAACGACUUCAGCUUCUUUGGGGAGGAAGGCGAAGAGCAAGCAGAGUGUGGUAUCUAUCAACAUGACCCCGAAAAGUACUUCCCGACCGCACAUUUCGACGACAAGAUCCUGCUCAGCCCGGAAGACAACCCACCCGAAAGCGGCUCCAGCAGUCCCCACGGCAGCUUUCACGGGCAGGGGGCCCUGUCGCCCUUCUCGAUGAAUUACUCGAACGGCACGCUGAGAAGUCCAAGGAACCUGCCUCUGGGACGAAAUCGGCGAAGUUCGAACGAAUCUCAGCGUUCUGGCGGCCCUAGAAAUGUGCUAGCCGAAAUCCAGGGUGGGCCAGUCUCGCCGAAAUUCAUGAACGGCCAGUAUCGACCGCGGUCGCGGGAUUCCAUGCUUGCGCCGACAUCGAGUCCCAUUCAGCACAACCAACGACAACAGGAGGAAGAAGCGACCGUGGAUGUCAUUGCCGAAGUGGCGGCGUGGAGGAAAGAGAGAAAGAAAGCCUACGAGGAAGAGUUGGCACGUUAUAGAAUGAGCCGUGCAGGCCACGGGAGUUCCAACGGUGCUCUCGACAGCCAGACUCGAGGUCACCGUUCCGCACCGAGAGGUUACGGAUACGGAUUUGACCACGGUGCUGGACCGGGCUCUUUAUCCCACACUCAAGCCCAUGUGAAUGGGAAUUGGAAGGCUUCGGCACAUAAACCGAUUGUGGCAUCCGCUGGAACGGGCGCUGAUGUUAAUGACAUUGAUAUGAAAUACGUCGAAGGCCAUUGGAAAGGCGAGAUCAAGGUCAUCCGCAAUGCGAUACCCAAAGGUCGGACCGGCGUUGUGGACAUGUACGGCAAUUAUUUUGAAAAAGGCUAUUUAUACCCAUAA